UCUAACAACUUGUAUAGUAUAAUUUUAAUAUUAAAAUUAUUCUGCCAGUAACAUCGUGAUGAGAAAACUAGUAUUGUGUAUACCGAUAGUUAUAAUGAUGCAUGUCAAGAAGUGUCAUUAUGAAGGUCUUAAAAAGAAAUAUUAUUGCUGUCUUGCCCAUUGUUAAUUGUGAAACAGGAUAAAUUAUAUCCAUAUAAAUUUAAGUCCUUGUUUUUCUAAUAAAAAUGGAAGUUGAAGGAAAAGAUAGCUCACCAAAUUCUUUAGGACAUCUUAAAGUGGCUGCCAAAGAUCGUUUUCAUGGGAAAAAAUUAAAACAAAGUACCCGAGAAUUACUAGAAGAAGUAUGCGAUGAUUUUGAAAAUCUGGAAAAAUAUGCUUCAAGUAUCUCUGAAAGUCAAUCUUCAUGGGAAACAUUUACCAUACUCUCUACUACAACAGAUGAUGUGAUUGAUUUUAACAAAAACUUGAAUAGAAAUUUGACCCAUUUAGAACUAUCUAAUGUCACACCUGUUCCACAAACAGAAUUAUUUAAUAAAACUCGUGUUGUUAAACCAGUAAAGAAUGUGAUAAAUAAUUCUAUGAUUAGUUUUGAGAAUAAAAAGUUAUCCAGUGUAAAGGUCAAUAUUUCAAAAACAGGUUACCAUUCAGAACUUAUUACUAACAAAGCUUUUAACGCUGGAAAUAUAGAAAAAACAAAUUCUAAUAAAGAAUUAUUGGCUGAAAUACUCAGAGAUUUUGAAAACAUAGGAAACUGUGGCGAUAUAUCAGCUCUGAAAAGUAAUAUGGGUACAUUGAUGCCAGACAUGGAAAAGGUAAGUCCUACAACAGAAUCAAAGGAUAACUUGGAAAACACUUCUCUUGCUAACAUCUCAUUACCGAAAACUGAUUUAUCUAAAAAAGAAAACGAACUUGAAACUCUUUCUGAAGAGACUUAUAAAGAUUCAGAAAGUAGAAUUAAAACUAGUUCUAAAGAAUUAUUAGCUGAAAUACUCAGAGAUUUUGAAAAUAUGGAGAAUAGGGACAGUGCAUCAAUUUUGUACAAAAGACCUGAUCAAAAACUUGAUAAUGUAGUUGAGGAAUCAACUGAUUGCUCAAAAGAGAUAUUUGCCAAUAUCGCAGUUAUGCCAAAAUUAUCUAAAAGUGAUUCUAAAUUUGAAUCAAUAUCUGUCCCCUUAAAAAAAAUUUCUUUGAAUGAAGGAAAUAAAGAUGUUUUAAAAAAAGAUUGUUGUAAUUUGUUAAAUCUAAAAAUCUGCAAUAGUAAAUGCCUAGCUGAUAAAACCAUAGGAGCACCAAAUCUGAAUAAUGAUGAAACUCUUAACAAGGGUAUGUCUGAUUUAUUAUCUUUAACAGGGACUGAAGCUGAUUUACUUAAUGAACCUGUAAAUAAAGAAACAGCUACAGAUGAAAACAUUUACAAAAAUAUGCUCGAAAAUGACUUUGUUUCAGAAAAUGAAUUUAUUUCUAGGAUCUUAAUUUCAAAAACUAAUAAAGUGUCUGAUAUGCAGGUUGUCUCUUCAUGUAAUAUUGACUCAGAAGCAAUACUUGUAUUGCCAACAACCUGUGAUUCUCAUCCAUGUACUGUUUCUGAGUUUGCAGAUGUAAACUUACUUCAAACAAAUAAUUCCUUUUCAGAUACAGUCAUUAAUUUGCAGUUAAUAAAAGGACAAACAGAGAAACAAAAUCUUGAAAAUGGGACUAAACAACAAAGUUCCGAAUCUGCUAGUUCAUUUCAAUCACCAAAAAGUUUGAUUGAAAUUACUAUAAAAUCAUCUUCUCCAUCUGAGACAUAUUCUCAAGUUUAUAAGAGCAAUAAAUCCUUUCCCCAAAAACCGAAUUCUGUUAAUGAAUUAAUAUCAAGUUACAGUGAUCAAGAUAGUGAAAAACAAGAUUCAAAUGAUAAUGAAUAUUUUCCGCAAAAUGUUGAAAAACAUCAACCGCAUGUCACUCCAUUUGAAAAGAAGACAGGACAAAAAGAGGCCAGAAAAUAUAGUGGUAAUAAAAG